AUGGCUACUGUUUUCCCAACUCACAUCGGAUUCCCUCCUGUAAAGGACAGAAACGACGUCUCACGAACAAUGAUAACCAGUCAUGGCUCAAUAUCUAAGACAGCAAGCCCGAACGAUCGAGAAAACGACGGCGGUGGUAUAAAAACAGAAACGGUGUGGGAGACGAUGAAUCUAUAUACAAAAACAAGCGAAGAUAGCACGUCAACUUCUACUCCUUCAAGCCGACGAGCGAGGAUUGUAGCAACUCCAAAUACUACUACUAAAACCGAGGCGAACUAUUCCACGGCCAGUCCUGCUGAUAGUCAAAGUCCCAGUCCCCUUGCAGCAGCAUUCCACGACUCUCGUGGUUGGUCGGACGGAGAUAUCGCUGCGGUUGUUCUCGGUAUUGUCGUUUGCUUGGCUGCUAUAGCAUUAACAGUAUGGUUCUUUGUCUAUAAGAGGCGCAGAAGCCCAACGAUUCACCGAGUUACUCCCCCGCAAACUCCAACCUUUAACCCUUCGCCUCCAAGUUCACCAUUACCAACACCUCCGCCUAUUCCAGAGUUGAGCUCUCAGGGUGACCAAACGUCCAACAUGGAGGGUUCGUGGGUCAGUUAUGGUGAUCGUGUACGCUCGCCAACGCCCCAACCCGCUGUGGCAGAGGUGAGGAGCUUUACUCGUGCGUGGCAGAAGCCGCGUGUUUAUACUGUUACUGGCGGGCGCAUCGCAGAACUUCAGGGCUCGAAGCUUUCAACGAGUCUUGAUAAUGGGGAUGAUGGGGUAUCGCCUAUCUCACCAAUAUCUCGAGCCGAAUCAUCUCGUGCUGAUCGUCGCAUCGUGAGCCCGACGAUUUUGACUUCCAAGGUUUAG